GCUGCUGCUCCUCUCGCUUUGCUCCGCGUUCGCCGCCGUCAUGGCCGUCUGGAGCGGCGCCGAUCCUAGCCCGGCCGGCUCGGUCCGGCCCAGCUUGACCUCCGUCUCUUCGAGGGAGCUGCAGAGCCUUCGGACGUGCAACUGCGAGAUGGCGGUGUUGCCGCUGCGCCAGCUGCUGCUCCUGCAGCCCGACUUGUUCCAGCUGCAAGGCGACACCGUGGCCGUGCUGAGCCCGCCGAGCAGCCAGCCCGGCGGCGGCUUCACGCUCAUCAGCGACGGCUCCCUCCACGUGGACGGGCAGCAGCAUUGCAGGGUCACCGGCUACUUCAAGAGGCAUGUAGAACUGAACACCCAUUAUGACUAUAAAAACUACAGAGAGGCUAUACUGGGUCGGCCGCUGGUGUUCUUCAUUAAUGUCAGAACGAAAUAUAAUUCUUCAAGAGAAAAAACAUACGCUUUUGUUGUGAAUACUCGACAUCCAAAGAUGAGAAGACAGAUUGAAAAGAGCAUGAACAACAUAAUAUCUUCUGUGAUUGGAGAAAGCUAUAAACUUCGGUUUGAUUUUCAAGACGUUGUAAAGAGGUUUUUUCCUCCAGGAGCCCAUCUGGUUAAUGAAGAAAGCUUGAGUUUCUCCUACGAGUUCAAAUCUGAUGCUUUAUUUGAUUUCUUUUAUUGGUUUGGGAUCAGCAAAAACACAGUUUCGGUGAAUGGGAAAGUUCUUAACUUGUCCAGUAGCAAUCCAGAGAAGAAAGAAAUGAUAACCAAAUUUCUGGAUAAAAUGAGUGAACCAAAUCUACGUUCAAACAGUUUUUCAGACCGAAAGUUCAGUGUUAUCUCCAGAGCUUCAAUAGAUGACGUGUUUAACAGCAACCUGACACCACAAUCAUCUUGGACGGAGUCCCCUUUCACAAUGUGGACAAUUUCAGCAGUUCAGAAGACUGAAGACAGAUCAAAUACCAUAAUCUGACUUUCAUAAGUUGGAGAAAGAUACAUGGAAAAAGAGGAAUUGCACCGUAAUGAAAUCAUCCCUAUCGCAGAAUGCGCAAGGAGUUACUGAAAGGAAGAUGUUCUCUUUUGCAUCUCGCUUUAAAUAGUAGGCUAUUCUUCUGCUUCCUUUGAUUCAGGAGAAGCCUCUUCUGAGUCUUGAAAUGGUACAUGGAGAGUUGGUUCUUCACUUGGCACAAAGAACUUUUUAAAGCAUAGGGGCUUUCUUUUGGUUUCUGUUACACUUAAGCAUGUAGCUAGAGUGAUAGAACAAUUUUAAACCUAGAUUAUUAGAGUGGUUUUAAAAAACAACUCCCCAAGUUUUAAAAGGUCACUGAUAUUUUUUAAAUAAUUACUCCAGUGCUUGUCAUUAUUUUUGAUGUCAAGUCUAAAGGAAUUCAAAAUUGCUUUUAAAGCUCAAAAUGUAAAUCAAAUAUCUACCUGAUAGGAUGUUCCCUUUCUUCCAAAGCACUUUGGAAGUCUAGUGAGAGGAUCUGGGAGAAUCUAGUAUUACGUUUUCUAUGUGUGUUUUUCCCUAGUGUUCUCUGAGGUAAUGAUCAAUGAAGUUGGGAAGUUUUACUGCCUUGGUAAAAUGCCAUAUUUCCUUGGUACUACUGUUUGUACCAGUGUUAAAUUUUAACAGAAAGAUACUAAUCAUGGUAGGUCUUCUUUUUUUAAAAAAAAACCCAACAUUCCUGUAUCAGUUCCUGGGGAUAAGUACCUAUUAUUGUUUUGAAAUAACUUGUAAUUAAAUUAAGGUUAACCUUUAGAAACAGAUGAAAGAUGCAUUACAUUCUUCAUUAAAGCUUUACCCAUUAGCACAUUUCAGUCAGUGAAAUCAUUGGAUUAUGGAUUAGAUCCAGACUUAGUCAUACUUAGAGUAGAUCUAUUGGAAUAAAUGGGGUUGAAGUUAUUCAAAUGGGCCUGCUCUAAGUAUGAUUAAAUAUAGAUCUAACCCUAUAUUUUAUAAUUUCUACCCAGUCUUUAACUUCCUGUCAAAGGUGCAUUAAAGAAAUUGUCACAGCAUUGGUAGCUGUAAUCAGAAUUCUUCACAAGUUACCUGGAAAUGGAACACAACUAUUGCUCCAACUCUUUAGUUAAUGGAAAAAGCCGCUUACUCAUACGGGGUUGAUGUAUGUGCGAGAGAUGGGAAGGCUUUCAGCCAAAGCAAAGUUAAGUUGGUCAUCUAUCCACACUGCUACAUGAUACUGUUUGAUAAAGGAUAGAAAAGGCUACAUCAGCCAUGCAUGAAGUUUCCCAUUUGGUUUCAAUAUAAUUAAUGUCAGUGUGUAUGAUACCUUGUGGCAGUGCAGGCGUGACUGACUACAGUCACACUGGCAGAUGCUUACCUGGCUGAGAAUAUCUCAGCUGCCCCUUUCAUUUGUAGCACUUGGACACUUUUAUUAUUGUAUAUUUUUCCUGAGAACUGUGGAUUUUAUUUUUAAAAACAGAAACUCAGUUGUCCACUACUGCUGGAGUUUCUGAUGACUGGCCUUAGCAGGUUCCCUGUUCCUAGGAAGGGCUGCCCUGUUUACUUCUGUUGAUGGGGCAUCGCUUUGUGCACAGAGCUGCCCCCGUCAGAUCAAAAUGGGCAGCGUCUGCAUAGGAGACUGGGAGAAAUGCCUGUUCUCUUCAGACACUAAUAGAACUUGUGAACAUAAUAUAUACAUGGAGAUUAUGAUUCAGAGAUGAAUGACCUUGGAGUCUAAAGAAUGUUUAUGGGUGCAAUCCUGUGCAUGUUAGGCAGGGAAAAACCCCUACAACUCCCAGCAUUCCCUAGCUGGCUGGACCAUUCUGGGAAUUGUAGGACUUUUUCCCUGCCUAAAUAUGCAUAGGAUUACAUCUUUAAUCCUAAACACUCCAGAGAAGCACCCCAACAACAAUCAUAUACUUUCAACUAGCAAAUUUGAGUGGGCAUCUGGUGAAUAUUUUACCUUUUCUCUGUGCCAUGAUAUCUGAACACCAACAUGGAAAUGCUGGCCUUGUUUAUCUUAACUGUAUUAUGCUUGUGCUGGGUAAGACCAUGUUGGAAUGGAAUUCUAUGGGACUGGAAUGAAAGAGCCUGAAAGAUCUCCUCAUACAUUCCUUGGCUUUUGGCAGCAUUAUAUUGAAUGUCUGCAUUCAAAGGAUGUUUGAUAAUAGUCAUCAGUCUCUCUUUAUAUAUUGCCUAUUCAGUGCCUUCGUAUGUCUUUGUUUUACAAUAAAGGAAGAUUUUAAAA